ACCUUCUGAAAGUGGUAGACCCGCUGAAAAAGAGCCACGAAGUGCAGAGGGUCGACAAGCCGAAGCAGAAUGGUUCCGGCGUCUCCUGGAGAGCCUUCUCAGCCAGCCGCGCCGAACAGCGCACCGCCGAGAUCGAGGCUCUCCAGGCAAAUCUUAGCAAGCGUGGAAGAGCAAUAUCCUUCUGCCCAACUGCGCGAACCGACGACGGCCGAAGAAUCCCUCUUUCUUCCUCCGCUGAGCGACAAGGUAGCUUCCUCGGAUCUCGCCGACCUGGACAGCCCAGAGCAAAAUCUCCACCGCGACGCGCAGAGGAUGUCGCCGCUGACCAGGACGAGAUGGCUGAUCGGGAGUCUUCCAUCAGCGGAGGACCUGUCGGAGUCUACGAUCCUGCCGAGUUCAAGACGAACCCCUUCACCGGAGAGCCGGUCCGCCGGUCGAGCAACGAGGUUAGGGACGAGAAACAAUCAGGAAGUGCCGACAGCGUCCCUGACAUCCGCAUCGAUGAUAUUUCCGUCCAAUGAAGAAGCACUGCAAUCGCCACUAUCGCCACCCGAUCUGAGCACGUUGACCGACUCUGUGGAGUCCAUAGCUGCAAAAUUAAUGGUAUCGCCGCAGACUAUACCCGAGUCGCGUCAAGUGGACCACUCGCUUUCGCCUGUCGCCUCGUCGAUUGAGGACAUGUACGAUCCGUUAAGCCGGAACUCCAGCACGCGAUCAAUACGGAUGCGUCCUCAACGGAUUCCUGGUGCAGCCUCUCGACGUUCUUCACGUAGAUCGAACUCUGCGCAAACCUCGGUCAGCCCCGCCCAUGCAUUCCUCGCCAACUGGGGAAAGGGAGAUGUGGAAGAGAAUGCGACUGAGUCGAAGCCUGACGACGAAGGCCAAAGCAUUGGACUGAACAACGAGUACAUCAUUGGUCGCACGCUCAAUCGAGGCGGGUUCGGCGUGGUCAAAGAAGUGCAUUCGAUCGACGAACACGGCAACCGCACUGUUCGCGCUGUCAAGAUUGUACGGAAGAGCAUAACUGGGGUCGGCGAGGCAGAAAACGAAAAGGCGCAGCAAGAAGUGGAGCACGAAGUCUCGAUAUGGCGAUACCUCCAGCACCGACAUAUUCUCAGUCUUCACGCUGUCUAUGAGACUGACUUCGCGACUUUCUGCGUCAUGGACUUGAACACAGGUGGCACACUUUUCGAUCUGGUAAGGAAGUCAAGACAAAAUGCUUCCAGCAGCGACGGUCGCAAAGGUCUAGCACCGAAACUGGCGAAGAGUUACGCGUACCAAUUAGCUUGCGCGCUGCGAUAUUUGCAUGAGGACAUUCGAGUCUGCCACCGCGACGUGAAGCUCGAAAACUGCUUGAUCGACAUGAGCGUGCCGAAUGCUGAAUCCGACGGUGGAGUGUUACGACUCUGCGAUUUUGGACUUGCAGACUUCUUACACAGCGAGAGCAUGGACGAAGGCGCUGUCACAGAGCGCGACAUGGAGUAUCUGUCACUAUCUGGCGAGCUCCCCAAAAGGACCGCGUCCUCCAUCAUUGGCACACUCGAAUACGCGUCGCCGAAGGGGCUCUCCGUUAACCGCAAAUUGUUCGAAACAGCCGGCGAUGUCUGGGCUUUUGGAGUAAUCGUUUACGCGCUUUGUACAGGAGACCUACCGUUCCGACAUCCCAUGCCCAGCAAAACCGCAGAACUUAUUCUUCACGCAGAAUGGGAUGAAUAUGCGCUUCGCCAUGCCGCAGCGGGCGGAGCUGAAGUCAUCGAUCUCGUUAAAGGAUGCCUGGAGAGAGAUAUAGAUCUGCGCUUCACGAUUUCGGAGGCUCUUCGGAGUGAGUGGUUUGAAGGCUGCCGCGAGAUGUGCGAGGAAGAUUGCGCGAGAGGGCUUUGGGCGUCGUAGAGACCGAUCAAAUGGCGCAAUUGCUCUCAGCGACUCCACGACUGGACGGGGCCUCCGCCAACGAGCUCCUGCAUGGCCGUGUCGCGCAAGACAUACAACACUGAGCGCCAUUGAACCGAUUUGGAAAGCUUUUAAAAGGGCAUCACCCCGGACGACAUUUACGAAUUCGCAACAUUUCACGGCCUUUGCACAUAACUUGCGACAUUACCGAUACGACGCUUAUGACAUGACAGGAAAAGAGGAAAGAGGCGGAUACAGGCCUCAUGGCGCAUGGGGAAAUUGGAGGCUUCAUAUUCAGGUGAUGACGUGCACACACACACGAAAUCACUUCAUGUAACUUCAUAGUCCGCAUCUUUUUGUUCUUCUGAUUUGUGCGUUUGAGAAUACCCUGAAUAAAGGCGGAAUAGCGAGCGUGCGAGCGACAUUGUGAAUACCAAUUCUACUCAAUUGAAGGGGAAAUUUUGAGGCACAAAGACCAACUUUUUAGAACUUGUUUCUCGUGUACCACUAUAUACCUAACUCGUCUAAAACCUCCUACCAAAAAAAGUCCCUAAAAUUACAGUCUCUAAUCACUCAAUCGUACUUCCACCUCUAAUUCGGCAUAUUGUCAUCGUUGAUCGGAAGUCGAUGCCAACCGGGUCCCAUACUCCAAUCACCGUGAAUGGAUUGUCCUUGAACAUCGACAUAGUCUCCCGGAUACCCUCUCUUCGGCACAAGACACUUCUUAUCCUGAAUUCUGUAGACUGCACAAUUGUCUGGAACAGCCCACUCGCCGUCAGGUAAAGUAUGGAGUCCCCGCUCCAUUCCUCCACACCAUUCCUCUCCCGUGAAAUCCUUCUGGACUUCGAGACAUUCUUCUUGCCAGGUGGAAUAUACUGCGCAGCAGCGUUGAGUCUGCCAGACGUUGCGGCAGUUGUAGUAGAGGUCGGCACCGUAGGGUUGAUCUCUGCAGUCUUUGGGAAUGGGAGCACCUUGGACGAACAGGUCUUCUGGAAGUGGAAUCGGGUGGUCAUAACCUGCUGCUGUUGUGUCGUUUUGGGGUUUCACGAAGCCGUUGGCGUCGAUUCGAGGAUCUUUGCAGGCUUCGAUGGCGGUCCACCAGUUUUCUUCGGGUUUUCCUGGCUCGCCGCAUCGGUACUUUCUGGAUUGACCGAGACAGGUCAUGGGCCAUGGGUAGUUGGGAUGGCAGGCCCAGUGGCCGUAGUUGAUUUUGCAGAACUCUUCGCAG